AUGUCGGGAGUCACAUCGACCCUGGUCUGGCGGGAUGCGAUCAUCAAGGAGAAUCGCUGUCGUAGAUCCUACUAUCUGGGCCGGUUUGGAUCUGGGGCGAUUCCAAAGCCUGGUGACGCAGGCGUCUACGACCCCUACAACAACGACAAGGUCUCUGCAAUCAGCACCCAGCGGGCAGUGGCCAUUCCAGAGAUUGCUGGCUACCAGUCAUGGGACAAAUUCCGUCAUACCGGGCGGCUGGUUGUGGCGGAUGGAGCUGAUGUCGCCGAGGUUGCGAGUCGCCCGGUCUCGGGCGUGAGCGCUGCACCCUCUCGUGCCCACAGCGCAGCCAGCGAGGCGAGGACACCUUCCCAGAGGUCGAAGAGCAGCCACCGGUCCUUGGCGUCUUUGCGCACAGCCAUCGAAGCUGCAGUAGACUCCGAGUUGGCACGAGCUGGCCUGAAGCCAGACGGCCUUUGA